AUGUUGCACGACACAAUUCUUUUCCUGGGAACGAUAGUAAUGCCAACUCCAGACUUUGCAAUACCACCAUCCGACUCAGAUCCCAUUCACCACUUCUCCACCCGCGACCGCCGUUCAACCAGCAACCUCACAACCCGCAAGCAAAUCUACCAUGAAGUCGGUUCCAUCUUCCCAGUUUCUUCGAACGCCUGUAAGCGAAAGCACGAAACCCACCACAAGGAAUACCUGCUCUUGCAACUGCCAUCUUCACGAGUCGUCGGCUCUUGCAUUCCAUCAAAAUUCAACUCCAACGCGUCGUGCCCAUGCAUCCUCUUCAGGAAAAGCGGUGAGGCUGCCUUAGCCCUUCUCGCUUCAGCCUCUUAUCGAGUCGAGUCUUCCCUUGGACAUCGUAGAGAGCCUGCUACCUUGACAACUCCAAUAAAAUACAAAACCCUCGCUGCUUUGAAGCAACCACCAAGCGGAAGGAACACUGGGCGGAGGAAUCGUGACGAGAUGUUGGUCUCUGAGCUUGGAGAAUUAUCGUCGAGGAAAACCAAACUGCGGUUAGACACGAAAUCCAAGACAAAGGGCAAGAUCAAAGCCGCAUUGGAUAUUUGGUCUCGCAGGCGGUCUACCCCAGUCACAGCAAAGUUGGCUGAUGCCAAGAUUGAGACAUCUAUGUCAUCUUUGGAGUUGAAAAUCAAAGUACCAAGAACGAAGCGACAGGAUGCAGGUAGCAGCUUACUUUCAUUACCCAGCCGUGGAGACAGACCCAAUAUCGCAGGCCAACCAAGACGCAACACGCUCCCAGGGAAUGGUCUUGGCUCGCCGCAGUCCCGACCGAAUGGUGCACUCCCAGUCAAGACGCGUUCGGUAGCAAUGGCUCCUGAAAGUGGUCCAGAAAAGAAUGGCUCAGUAGUGCGGCACCCAGCUCCUCGCCCUCCCGUCUCCUUCGAAGUCGACCUCUCCCCAAUCAUUGAAGAUGUUCAAUCAUUCCCUAGUCUCGUCGACAUUGACUGCACUUUCGAAGGACUUCACAUGAUCGAUAGUAAAUCAGAACGAAUCCCUGUUCAAGAGCCCCAAAUCGAAGAUGAUUCAAGAAAUCUCGACCACGUGAAUCUCAGUAGCUCAUUCGUGUUGCAGUCGGCUUCGCUUGUCGAUCUCCAAAGCCACAACGAAGACAACCAAUCAUUACCAGCGCUAGUAUUGACUUUCCCCACGCCUGAACCACCCUCGUUAUCAAAAUUCUCUCCAACGAACUCCCAGCAAGGCGGUGCAAACCUAUCUGUGCCGACAUUUCCUCGAUGCACUCACUGCGGAUUCGGUUUUGGACUUGACUUCCAUGAUCUUGAAGUUCCUUAUGCAAGCAAACCUUGCCGUCUCUGUGAACCUCAAUGGCUGGCUUGCAAACCGUGGUAUCAGACUAACGAUAAAGCAUCAACCGCGACAUAUGAGGAAUCUACUGCCCAGGUCAAUGCAACUUCAGAUGAUCGGAGAGUCGUCGGGCCCAAAGCAGCGGAUGAACAUGGUCAACUGCGCGUGAAACCCACCGAAGUCCCCACGCAACAAGCUGGAGAAGGAUAUGCAAGAUUUUCUAAUGUGAUCAUCAACGACAAGACAAACACGACAAAAACGAGCAAGUUGUGGACGAAACUGACGCGAUUUUUUGGACGAAGUAUUCACAAAGAACCGAUUCCAGCCCGGGGCCCCAAACGCGUUUUUGGCAGCCGGAAUACCGGACUACUCCCACUGUUUUGGGUUUUGACUUUCCAUGGUUUCCAGUCGCUUGGGUGUCUCCCUGGUAUAUAUGCCUCUAGCAAUGUCUACCCACACGUCACCCCCAUGUCGGUUUCCCAUCCCGGCCCCCGAAGAAGCUUUGGCUCGCGCCUGAGGGCGGCUGGUUCAACCACCCUACUCCAUUUCCGCAAGCAUACCGGUCUUGGGAUUGUCUGCGCUGUAGCUUACCUCGACCCUGGAAACUGGAGUGUCGAUUUACAGGCCGGUUCCGAUCAUGGCUUCCGCCUACUAUUCAUCGUGCUCGUGGCCGGUCUCUUCGCCGCAUUUCUCCAAGUACUGGCGACACGACUGGGUUGCGUUACUGGCCUCGACCUCGCUUCCCACUGCCGGGUAGUUUUAUACGACCGCCCCAAACACAAACUACUCUAUCGACGCGUCGUUCUCUACCCGCUCUACGUAGUUUCCGAGAUCGCUAUUGUCGCGACCGACCUUGCCGAGUUGCUUGGGUCAGCCAUCGCGCUUGUUCUUCUAUUUCCCAGCCUGGAGAUAUGGCAGGGGGUGCUCAUAACUUCCGCUGAUGUCCUAUUCCUUAUCGCACUGCGCGAUCCUCUGCGCUCGACACCGGUGAAGAUGUUUGAAGCACUCAUUGCUUUACUGGUCCUGGCCGUGCUUGUGUGCAUGGUGAUUGUGGUGGCCAAGGUGCAUGUGGAGUGGGGCAAGGCCUUUGACGGGUUCCUUCCGUCGAGGGAGCUGUUUGGCUCAAACGGCCUCUAUACGUCGGUCGGAAUUCUUGGCGCGACAGUCAUGCCGCAUAGUCUGUUUCUGGGCUCGACACUCGCAACACAGCGGAGGGUACCCGUGGAGCGGGAUGAACUCAAAUCGGAGGUCACUCAACGAGAAGAGGCUGUCCAGCCGCCCUCCUCGCGCUGGGGACGAGUGUCUGCUUUUGUCAAGGACUGUUUCCGUGCGCCGCCGCCAAGUGCCCAUGCAACUCUGGUGAAGCGACAUGUCGACCGCGAAAACAACUCGUUUGCGUUCGUUCAAAAGCAUCUGAACCACGCCAUUUUCGAUGUCGUAGGGAGUCUAGUGGGAUUUGCGAUCCUGAUAAACUCAAUGAUCCUAAUUAUUGCGGCGAUGGUAUUCCACUUUGGGCGGGCUGGGACGGACCGCGCGCAUGCAGCCAGUCUAUUCGACGCGUAUAAUGUCAUCCAUCAGCUGGUGGGUAAAGCCGCAGCGACGCUGUUUGCUGUUGCUCUACUCGCUGCUGGGCAGAGCUCGUCAAUUAUCGCGACUAUUGCUGGCCAGGCGGUCGCCGAGGGUUUCCUCAAUUGGCGUGUCUCGCCUAUUCUUCGGCGGCUGCUAACGCGCCUGAUUGCGGUCGUACCGUCAAUGGCGGUCGCUAUAGCUCGAGGAAGACAAGGCAUUGACGGCUUGCUCGUUGCUUCACAGGUGAUCUUAGCGAUCGUCCUGCCAUUCCUCAUAAUGCCGCUGGUGCUCCUCACCUCCUCCAAAACGGUGAUGAGGGUCCGAAAGCCGGAUAGUUUGGUCGGCGAAAGCGAGCUUGCGACGGACGACAUGUUAGACUACAGCAGCGGCAAGGCCACGAUAGUCGUUGGACUCGCGAUAUGGCUGGUCAUCGCAACCGCCAAUGUCUACGUGAUUGCAACGCUACUUCAGAAUGUGCUGACCUAA